GACGGUGGAUGAACGAGUUCUUGUAAUCGUUGAAGACCUCACUUAGGACUGCACAGAUGGCGUCGCCUGCACCACGAAAAACGCACAGAUAUGCCACGCCGCGUGCAUCAGUGACGCCGCCUAGACAGCGCCGCAUGGUCAGUGCUCGCGCUGUUGGCACACCCUCGAGGCGCACCGAGGACAUCGCUGUGGUACAAGACGUCAUGGACGUUGACGACGUGCAAAUGUAUAGUGAACGUGUAUUGGGAUCAGGGAGGGAAACGCUCUAUGCGCGCACAGACGAGAUCAGCGUGGCUUUCCAUUCUGCACUCCCGUUUGAGGCCAGGCGCGAGCUAAAGGGUGCUGAUUUCUACUCUCAACCUUGGACCGGUGCAGUGGAUGCCAUCACGGGAUACGCCCUUGCCGCGUCCUCGAACACCUGCUUCGUCUGGCAUCACACCAAGCCGACCACAUGUUACAUCCUCCCGUGUCCUCCUUCCUCUCAAGAUUACGCACACCCACCAUCAGCACCAUUCCACGCUCUCGUCCCCUCCAGGUCACGCUCCGAACCUGGUCUUGUCCUUCUCUCCCUCCGCGGUGACAUCCGUUUCUGGGACAGCAUAACCAGUGGUCUCGCAGGCGGCGGCAGCUUCGAAAGCAUCAAUCUCGAGCUCGGAGAGGGCGAGUAUACUUCUGGAUUGCUCAGGGUUGAUGGUCAAAUCUACAUUGCGUCUACCUCACAUGGACGUCUGUUUAGACUCACGCUCACAUCUCAAAGUGGCCGGCAUACGCUCUCAGCAAGGCUCUUUGCACCGCCACCCACACCUGGGCUUUCUCUCGCGCGUUUCCUCUGGUCCACGCCUGCUCCCCAGCCCACAGCUGGGAGUAUAUCUGCUCUUGCUCUUGGCUCUGUUAGUGGCGAGCUUGGAAGAAGUGCGACAGCGGAUAAGGAACUAUGGACACUUAGCGAGACCCGCGUGCAGAGGUGGAGCUUGAAUAAGGAGGUGCUAUUGGGUGAAGUGGAUGUGCGGGAGGCGGUGGGGAAGGUGGAAGAUUUGGAGGGCGUUGAUUUGGGUGUGGAGAGCAACGGCACGCUCGUUGUCCUCGUCUCAUACGCCGGAUCCGAGCAGGAGACAGCCGCAAUGGCGCUUGACCAGUACGGUGGGUUUGGCAUGGGUGCACCGGUACCGAGAAGGAUAUAUGCGCUCGUCAGACUCAGUGCUAGCACGAAACGGGGGGAGGUGGCGUAUGAAGGAAGUGGCGGAGAUGGAGGCGUAAUUGAGGGCAUAGGCGGAGGCAUGAAGAUACAAAGUGUUACAGGGGUACCAUAUGCUACGACAGCCGCAUCGGCACCCUCGCAUCCUCGUUUGACACUCCUCGGGGGAGGUGCAGUCGUAGCGAUCAGAUUCGUGGAUGUGAUCGUAUUUUGUGCUCGGGACUCUCCCUACCAAGAUCGCAUCACCCUGAAAGACCCCAACACAGAUCAGAUACUCGGACUCGGUGUGCUCUCAUCAUCCCAACCCCCAAUACACUCUGCAGAACAGGAACAAGGGGAAGGGGCAGGGCCCGAGGACGUGCUCAUACUGACAGCAGGCGUGCUUAUGCGUGCUCGAGUGGAUCUGGGGAGGGUUAAAACAUUCGAUGAGGCGACCGGCCGUGCGAUCCUCAUCAGAGCACUCCUCACACAAGCCAUACUUUACGGAAGCAAUCCUGAUAACCCCCUCCAUUUCUCGUUCCCUCCCGAGGUUGAUGCGGACGCGCUCAUGGCAGGUGCAGAGGGGUUAAGUAGGGCUGUCCUUGAGAGCGACCCAGAGAUCAUCCGCCCAAAUCACGACCUCACCUCUCAACUCACCUCUCGGAAAGAUAGGCUCAGCUGGCUCAUACGUUUCAUCAACGACAAUUCAGCGCUUGGGAAGAUGGCGCAGCGCAGCCGCCAGCGUCUUGCUACAGAUGCGGAAAAGCUUUAUGCGUGUCAUCAGCUUUGGUUAAAGAUGAAUGAACAUUUAGACGCUGGGGCAUCGCACUCGCUCGUCACCGAUGCCAUCCACGCAUUCACAGCCACCUACCCUCUUUCACACCCAUCUGCUUCGCACGAUGUCGUCAGAGACUUUUUCAGGUACAGAGUAGCAGAGAUUGGGCGGCUUAUUCCGUUCAUGGUCGAGCGGGUUGAGAGAGCUGGAGAAGGAGCCAUGAGAGAGGUUGGAGGGGCUGUUGUUACGAUUCUGCAAGCCGCGCUCUCGUAUCGAGCGUAUAAUAUUGCCGUGUAUGGCGUUGAGCUGCCUAUGAUCAAGCCGUGGACGAGCCGCCCGAGUGUUAUCGAUGGUGUAUUGAAGCUUGUAGACACAGCAACGAGGUUCGCCCUCGACCCGAGCAAAGUAAACACUAAAAACGCGUCGAGAGAGCUUCUCCCGGAACUCGCGACCAUGUUUUUUGCAUGCGUGCAAGAGAGGUUGGAUUGGCUCGGCAGCCCCAUAGCAGCAGACGAACCUGGUUCUGAGAGGGACCACAUAGAUCUCAAAGAACGCUUCGACCAACUCCGCCCCGAGAUCCUUGAAACUCUCCGCCUCACCUCACACCUCCCAAACGCUCUUGCGCUCGCUGCAUCCCAUGCCGACUUCCGCUCUCUCGCUACCCUAUUACACCAAGACACCGUCUACCCCCCCUCUUCCAAUCCGCACGCGCACACCAUUGAGGAGUAUGUCGACCGCUUUGGGGGAAUGUUCGCAAGGGAGGUGGUGCGGUGGUGUAUGGUGCAUGGCGAAGCGAGGGUAGUGUUUGCGAUGGAGGAGAGUGGGAAGGGUGAGUGGGGGAAGUAUAUGGAUGAGUACUGGGCGGAAGAGGAGGGGCAGGGAGGCAAGUGUGAUGCAGUGGCGUGGCUGAGGGAUUUGGGGCAGGGGCGGUGGAGUGUUGCUGGGACGAGGUUAUUGAGAGAGGCGAAAGGCGCGGGGGAUGUAGGUGUUAAGCAGUUUAUGCUUAGUGUGGGCAAACUUGCGCAUUUGGCGCAGAUGCAGGAGGGUGGGGAGCUUGAUGAGGCAGUAUUGGAUGCUUUCCAUGAUAACUUGGAUUUCGUAUCGGUGCAGGAGAAAAUGUUUGAGGGGUUCCGGGAAGCUGCUAGCAGUUUGCGGGGCAAGCAAAAACAGAGCUUGGAUGCGCAAGUGGAUGCGGUGAUAAAGGCGAAAGCGACGAGACUGAGAGCAGAACGGAGGCACGGGUUGAUUGGGAUCUUGAAGAUCUUUGUGAGGCAGGUACUCCAGGGCAAGGCGCUCAGCGUGGAGGAUACGGUCGACGUACUCACGCUGCAAGAUAACGCGGAGGGCGUGGAGAAUUAUGCUACUGCGCUGCACUUGCUUGCACACGCCGAGGAUAUUCCAGACGCGAGGCAACAAUCAUCAUUCAGAAGAGUUUGGUGUAGGAUAUACAACCACGACGACUGGGACUCCAUCCGCGAAACCGCCAACAUAACUGACGCCCAACUAACCUCCCGUUUCCGCGCGACCGCGCUCUAUACCACGUUCAACAUUAUUCUGCCCUCGCCCCAAUUAUCUCAGCUAACCGGCGUCGACCUCGACCCGAAUGAAUGCUUGUCGGUGCCUUUGAUGCCCGAGAUCAAGUCGCGUUUCCCAGGCAUACAGGAGGAUAUGGUGGGCGACCUAGCGAGAGAUUAUAGAGCCGAGAGCUCAGGAGUCGAAGGAUUGAGACUGGGAGACGUGUAUCAUCGUGUGAGAGAGCUUGUGAUGCUGGACCUGGGGUACGCAAGAGAGGGAUAGGGUAGUUAUCGUACGAGUCCUGCUUUCUCGCUGCAGUUGCAAAAUCUAUAUAGAUUAUAGAAACCUCCAGCUCGCUAGCCUUUUCUUUGCCCUCUGGAAUUCGACU